CGAAGAUUGCCCUAUGAGGCGAGGGAAUGAGACGUGGCUGCGAGUUGGGGAUAGGGUUUCUCUUUGGGGGCGUGGCUUAUGGAUCCUCGUUUUCCCGCCGACGGUUGGCCACGUCACGUGACAUGGGUUGGAAGAUGGCGUCUCCCACAGACGGGACAGAUCUGGAAGCAUCUUUGCUAAGUUUUGAAAAACUUGACCGUGCCUCACCAGAUCUUUGGCCAGAACAAUUACCAGGUGUUGCUGAAUUUGCAGCUUCCUUCAAAAGUCCUAUUACUAGUUCUCCGCCCAAAUGGAUGGCUGAGAUAGAACGUGAUGACAUCGACAUGUUGAAAGAACUGGGGAGUCUCACCACGGCUAAUUUGAUGGAGAAGGUACGAGGCCUACAGAACUUAGCCUAUCAGCUGGGGCUGGAUGAGUGCAUGGGCUGUCAUCUCUGUUGAUGGUGCUGGCUGGACAGUGGGCCUGCACAAAGCCAUCCCAACAGCCCUAGCUGCUGCUCUCACACUGCAGGGCCCACAGGGACACAACACUGUGGCAGGACCAGAAUGUUUCACUGACCUCGGGCCUUCCUGAAGAGUCACAGCUCAUGGACUGUGACAUGCCCAUGGAGAGGGGUCUGAGCCCCGAGGCUCGGGUCUGGGCAGCAAGGCCUGUGUGACUGACAUAAGAGGAUAUCUGCUAGGCCUGAGCUUGCACAAAAGGAAUGAAAGGCCUGGGUGGUCAGAGGAGAUGGGCAUCCAGACCAGGAAGGGAAGGCUGAAGAGCUCUCUGCAGCAGCUGACUCAGGCCUCUGGGGCCACCAUGGAGCAGACAGCAAAGGAAAUAUUGUCCACAGUACCAGAGGCUGGGAAUGAAUGGAGUGGACACCGGAGGAGGCUGAUUCUCUCAAAAUGAGAGGCAGUACAGAUUGUGCACAGCAAGUGUUUGUUGAUUGGCUAACUGAGCUGCACCAGAUUUUUCUAAAAUUUGUUAGUCAAGAAAAUCUUGAUUUCUUAUGUUUGUGGAAGAGCCUGGGAAUCUGCACAUUUGAUAAGAGCCCCCGGUGAGUCUCAUGAACAGGAGGUUUUGACCCCAAAUCCCAUCUGUCCCUCAGUCACUGCUGCAGUGCCCUCUGGGAGUGGGGGCUGACUGGUGACCUCCACCUUGCCCAUUACCCUCUGACACUCACUCCCAUCUCCCCAGUCUCAGCCUCAGUCACUCCCAGGACAAUCUCCCUUGUGAAGCCUGAGCACAUCCGUCCAUAUUGCAGCCGGGGGAGGCCUCCCAGACCAGCCCAGGCUGUGGGAUAAUUUGAUAUUCAAAUCCUGGCAAAGACCUGCUUCAAAUUGCUGCAAAUUAAGCUGAUUUUGCCCCUCUGAAUGAGGGAUUUGCUCCUGUGGAUCAACCCUCUUCCCAGGACUUGAUGAGGUCAGGAUUAGAGACGGGGAGAAAAAGCCUGAGGCUGGGGCCGGAGAGCUGGAGAGCUGAGGGGCGGGGGGAGCUGAGACCCUGGAGUUAGCGAAGGUUCCCAGGGUCUCAAAAGGCAGCUCUACCCAGUGAUGGCGCAGCCUCUGAGGCCCAAAUGGGUCAGUUCCACUCCUCCAUCCCCCCAGGAGAACACAGCUCUGUUCCCAAAGCAGUUUGUGGACCUCAUCCAAUCUUUCCAAGCACCUGUGUCCCAGGGCGGAACUGAUCACCCCCAUUUCACUGAUGAAAGGGGAGAUGAGGCUCUAUUAGCAAAGACAAUCUGGACUCAACCACUGCCACCAACUUGCUAUGUGACCUUGAGCAAGUGACCUCUCUGAGCCUCCUUGUAAGGAUGACUGGUGAUGCAUGCACAGUGCCAGGCACAUAGCAAGCCCUCCAUAGCAUGGGUCAAUGUUCCUAGCCAAAGCCCUGAAGCUAGAAAAUAGCUGGAGGGAGAACGUGGGGCUCUCUAGACCUCAGGAGGAGUCAGUCCCCUGCCUUCUGGAGUUCCGUGCCUUCUCCCAACUCUACCCCCUCCUGACAGGACCUCCCCCAUCCCUGGCAGAACCUCAUUUCCAUCUGUUUUAUCAGGGCCUGUACUGUAUAUUGCAGCAAUUUCGAAUUGCACCAUUAAAGAU